CUUUGCGUUCGACCUUAAACGGACGCCGAAGAAGAAGAACACGUGUUUCCUGUGUUUCCUCUUCCCCUCGCGUGAACAGGCGUCUGCCUUGUAAAUAAACUGUGUUCAGCCGGCGAAAGGUGUAAAAAUGGUGCGUAAAUUAAAGCACCAUGAACAGAAGUUGUUGAAGAAGGUGGACUUCAUCAACUGGGAGGUGGACAAUAACCUGCACGAGGUCAAAGUGUUGCGGAAGUAUCGCAUCGAAAAGAGGGAGGACUACACCAAGUACAACAAGUUGAGUCGUAACAUCAGAGAUCUCGCCCAGAAAAUCAGAGAUCUGGAUGAGAAAGAUGGCUUCAGAGCUCAGAGCACACAUCAACUACUGGAAAAACUGUACAGCAUCGGUCUCAUGCCCACCAAACAGAAUCUGUCCCUCACAGAGAAAGUCACAGCUUCGUCAUUCUGCAGGAGAAGGCUGCCCAGCAUCAUGCUGAAACUCCAUAUGGCUCAGAACCUGAAGACGGCCAUCACCUUCAUCGAACAAGGACAUGUGCGUGUUGGACCAGACAUCGUCACAGACCCAGCUUUCCUCGUCACAAGGAAUAUGGAAGAUUUUGUUACUUGGGUUGACUCCUCCAAGAUCAAGCAGCAUGUCAUGAAUUAUAAUGAUGAGAGGGACGACUUUGAUCUGGUGGCAUAAGAGCGCUGUCUUACAUCCACUCACGACGCUAGAGGAUAGGAAAGGGACUCUGCUCUUGCAACUAUGGCGUAAAUAACUCCAUAACCCAGGAGUCAACAGUUCGAAUCUCUUAUCAACUUGGAAGUUGUGGCAAGAAAAUAAGUGCUCUCGCAUUCCUUAACAACUAAAGUUUCAUCUGAGCAAGGACAAAGGAACACGCUUCACGUUGUCACCAACCAUGUUUCUUUUGUCAAAAUUUGCAACUAGCAUCGGAUCUAUUGACCAAAAUAUCUGUUAGGAUUCUCCUAUACCUUCAUUUUAAUGUGUUCUUUGUGUAAACAUGAGCUGGCUUCGCAGGGUAUGUAUAUGACCAUGAAAAUGCUGCUUUAGGCCCUGAUGAGACACAGCUCGUCUGCCAGCUUUUCUUUUGCUGUGAGGUUACAUGACGUCUGGUGUUUUUCCAGCUCUGAGUUAGUUUAGUCAACACAUGGAAAACCUGUCAAAAAGCUGCCCCAGGCAACUAAAAUGCCUUCUGUCUUAUCUGGGCCUUGUAAGUGUGUACAUACCAUUGUCCGUUCAUAUUAACAUAACUUGUCAUAAAUACAGUUGUAAAAUAAAAACUACAAUUUGAUAAAUAUUUUAAUUUUCAAUAAGACUUUGCUACAAUGUAAACUUUGUCAAACAAUAAACAUUCUUUUAUCACAGUUAAGACUUUUCAACAAAAAGUUAUAACAAUCUUUGCAUAGUCAAACAUGUUUCCUCCUUAAUGCUGAAACUCUGAAAGAAACCCCUAUUUCCAGGUUAUAAAUGUUAAUUUAUCUACAACCUGCGCUUAAUGUUCCAGUAAACAGUUACACAAAUUCACCACGAAGCAUUUGCUUCCAUCCAUAA